AUGUCUUUUUACGACCGUCCACUGGCGAACAACGAGAUCCGCCUUCUCCUGCUACGACCUUCGCCAGAUCCCACGGCUCCCAUCGAAUGUGACCCGGAGACUCGUUCAUUGAACGGGGAUGGCCCGGCCUACGAAGCCCUGUCGUACACAUGGGGCCCACCUUACCCAUCUCACGACGACGCCGAUAUCGUAUUCUCGUGCUACAAUGAGCAACCACGAGCAAUCACUCUUCGAGGCCAAGAAGUGGGUGUCAAAAGCAAUCUCUAUGACUGUCUGCUACGCUUUCGCUCGAAGGAGACUACUAGAGUUUUAUGGGUCGACGCUCUGUGUAUUAACCAACAGGACCUAGAAGAGCGGGCUCAGCAGGUGUCUAUCAUGUCGGAGGUCUACAAGCAGUGUACUUCGGCAUUGAUUUGGCUUGGUGAAGAAAUGCUAGAGCUGGACGUAAGCAUCAUCAUGCCACUGUUUAGCAGCAUUGUCGACCCUAUGUCCGGCUUCAACGAGUUCGACAAGUGGCUGUCUGCGGCGUCCUCGCAGACAAGCUUGACUGGAGUUAACACCCUGUGA